AGUUCAAUUCCGACUUAAGAACUAAAGACAUCACUUUUUUUGUGUCCCUAAAAAAAGGCAAACAAACACAAUAGAAUAUUAAACUGAAAGCCCAUUGUGUCAUAUAAAAAAAAGAACUAGACAAAAAAUAAUCAAAAUCUCAAUGGAGAUUGAAACUGAAACAGAUAAAUUAUUAGAAAAUAGCGAUGACAAUGAUGAAACUGCAGCUGACUUAGUCUAUGAUGAGUUUUCAAAACUCAAACGUAAACCACUACAUCAAACGGAUGAAUCUUCUGUUAGUGAAGACACCGAGGAAGGAGCUGAUAAGCCUGUUAUUAGUAGCAAUGAUUCCGAUGAUGAAGAUUCGCCCAAUCUAUCCAACUCUAAUAAUAACGAAGUUCAUAGAACAUCAAAUGGACAUGAAUACGAAAAGGUUAAACUAGAAACAGAAACCGUAGAAAUUAUUCAAGAAAUCGAUAAUGCUAACUGCAGCAGUUUGGAAGAAAAGAAAGAAAAAGCAGAAUGUCAAUUAAAUGACACUGUUCAUGAACCGUCAACAACAGCAAUAACAACGAAUAUAAAGGUUAUUGAAUCACAAGUCGACGAAGACGAGACCUUCACUGAAGAAGCUUUAAAACUGAAAACCAUUUCCAAAUCCACUGACAGUCCCAAUCAAUCAUUGGAUUUUUUCUAUUCAGCCAAUGAUCUUUUUGAAUACGAACAUGUUUUGCGUAGACAUGAGUCUCGUACGCCUGAUGUUGAAUCGGGUUAUUUUGAAAAAUCCGAUAGUUUGUAUUCAAAGGAGGAAUUUGAGGCACGCAGUUCUUCGCGUCAGCCUUCCCAGUAUGAUCAAACUAUAUCGGAAAGUUUACAUAAUCAAUUGAAUAGAUUCGAUUUGUUAAUAGACACCAUCGAUCAGCGCAAUGCUAUGAAUAUUGCCUCGAAUGCCGAGGAGCGUGGCUAUUGGUCUACAAUUUUUGGCCAGGCCAGUGAAAUUGAAACGUAUGAUGAAAUGUCACAGGAAAAGAAGGCUCAUCGUGCUCUUGAGCUUUUAGAGGAUUAUCAUUCAAGAUUAUCAGAGCCACAGGAUCGUGCUCUACGCAUUGCCAUUGAACGUGUCAUACGUAUAUUUAAAUCACGUCUUUUCCAAGCUUUAUUAGAUAUUCAAGAAUUCUAUGAGCUAACCUUGCUAGAUGAUUCAAAAACUAUACAGCAAAAAACAGUUGAAACUUUACAAAUUGCCAGUAAAUGGGAACAAGAUGGUCAUACCGUUAAAAUUGCUGAUAAUCAACCUAUUAAAGUAGCUGCAGAAGCUGAAGUGAAAAAAGAACAACAACAAACAGAGGCUGCUAAUAUAGCAACACAAGCGGCAAUAGAUGUACAACAACAACAACAGCAGCAGCAGCAGCAGCAGAACAAUGGUCGUCAAACAUUGUCAGGAAAUACAGAUGUAAAUAUUGUUAAUGGUGACGAAAGCUGGCAAUAUGAAGAUAUUACUUUAGAACGUGGUAAUUCUGGUUUAGGUUUUUCCAUUGCCGGUGGCACAGACAAUCCUCAUGUUGGUAACGAUUCCUCCAUCUAUAUUACCAAAUUAAUACCGGGCGGUGCUGCUGCAGCCGAUGGUCGUUUAAGUGUCAACGAUAUUAUUGUUUCGGUCAAUGAUGUCUCUGUGGUCGAUGUACCUCAUGCCUCGGCAGUGGAUGCCUUAAAAAAAGCCGGCAAUAUUGUUAAGUUACAUGUGAAAAGAAAACGCACUGGAGGUGGUGGUGGUAGUGGCGCAGGCGCUGUUGAUGGUAUUAGCUCUAAGAUGUCUGCGAUACAGUCAGGCGAUGCGGGACCUAAAGUAAUCGAAAUUGAUUUGGUAAAGGGUGGAAAAGGUUUGGGCUUUUCUAUAGCCGGCGGUAUUGGUAAUCAGCAUAUACCUGGCGAUAAUGGUAUUUAUGUUACCAAAAUAAUGGAUGGUGGUGCUGCUGCUGUCGAUGGUCGUUUAUCAAUUGGUGAUAAGCUUAUAGCUGUUAAGGCUAAUGGGGUCGAUAAAAAUCUGGAAAAUGUUACACACGAAGAAGCCGUUGCCACUUUAAAAUCCGUUGUCGAUAAAGUAACAUUGGUUGUAGGCAAAUCGGGUCAUAUUAUUUCUACAUCGGGACAUCAUUUCAAUCAAGUGAAUUCGCAUUCAACAGGUGCGAUAAAUACUAUAGGACAAACUGUUGUUGAUUUUGCUCGUUCAUCUUCCACCACACCAUACACAACUACCACCAACAACAUCAACAACAACAACAAUACAAAUGCUAUGCAACCACCAACAACAGCUACAAUUACUAAUAAUAGCAAUAAUCAGCACCAUGCAUCUUCCCCAGCUGUAGCUGAAAUUAUUCCCACAUCUACAUCUAGAUCCCAGUCACCUUUGCCUCAACAACCAGCAUCUAGGUAUGCCUCAUCAAAUGUUUUGGCUGCCGUGCCGCCAGGCACUCCAAGGGCUGUUAGCACUGAGGAUAUAACAAGAGAAUCACGAACAAUCACCAUACAAAAAGGACCACAAGGUUUAGGUUUUAAUAUUGUAGGCGGCGAAGAUGGUCAAGGUAUUUAUGUCUCCUUUAUAUUGGCGGGUGGACCAGCCGAUUUGGGUGGUGAAUUAAAAAGAGGAGAUCAGUUAUUAAGUUGUAAUGAUAUCGAUUUAAGAAGUGCCACACAUGAAGAAGCUGCCCAGGCCUUAAAGAAAUCUGGCGGUGUGGUUACCUUAGUUGCCCAAUAUAGACCCGAAGAAUAUAAUCGUUUUGAGGCACGCAUACAAGAGCUUAAGCAACAAGCUGCUCUCACGGCCGGCAGUACUGGCACUCUAUUGCGUACAACACAAAAACGUUCAUUAUAUGUACGGGCCCUCUUCGAUUAUGAUCCAAAUCGUGAUGAUGGUCUGCCCUCGCGAGGUCUACCAUUUAGACAUGGUGAUAUUUUGCAUGUAACAAAUGCCUCGGAUGAUGAAUGGUGGCAGGCACGUCGUGUCUUGGGCGAUAAUGAGGAUGAACAAAUUGGUAUUGUACCAUCGAAACGUCGAUGGGAACGUAAAAUGCGUGCGCGAGAUCGUAGUGUUAAAUUUCAAGGUCAAUCAGCUAGUGCAAAUAAUAAUAUGGAUAAGCAAUCAACACUUGAUAGAAAAAAGAAAAACUUUACUUUUUCACGCAAAUUUCCUUUUAUGAAGAGUCGCGAUGAGCGCAAUGAAGAUGGAAGUGAUCAAGAGCCUUUUAUGCUUUGCUACACUCAAGACGAUGCCAAUGCUGAAGGAGGCAACGAAAUCAUCUAUAGAGUGGAACUACCUGAUAUGGAACAAAUAACUCUUAUCUACCUGGAGAAUAGUGAUGCUGACUAUCCUUCAGAAGAGAACGUCUUAUCGUACGAGGCUGUGCAACGGUUAUCGAUAAAUUACACCAGACCCGUUAUAAUAUUGGGUCCCUUAAAGGAUCGUAUUAAUGAUGAUUUAAUAUCAGAAUAUCCAGAUAAAUUUGGAUCAUGUGCCACAUACUACACGUCCCAAACGUGAUUAUGAAGUGGAUGGACGUGAUUAUCAUUUUGUAUCAUCGCGCGAACAAAUGGAACAUGAUAUACAAAAUCAUCUAUUUAUCGAGGCUGGUCAAUACAAUGAUAAUUUGUAUGGCACCUCGGUAGCCAGUGUACGUGAAGUUGCCGAAAAGGGUAAACAUUGUAUUCUAGAUGUAUCGGGCAAUGCAAUAAAACGUUUACAAGUAGCACAAUUAUAUCCAAUUGCUGUAUUUAUUAAACCUAAAUCUGUUGAUUCAAUCAUGGAAAUGAAUCGUCGUAUGACCGAAGAACAAGCCAAGAAAACAUAUGAACGUGCUAUCAAAAUGGAACAAGAAUUCGGAGAGUACUUUACUGGCGUAGUACAAGGCGAUACUAUCGAAGAAAUCUACAGUAAAGUGAAAUCAAUGAUUUGGUCACAAUCUGGUCCAACUAUAUGGGUACCCUCUAAAGAAUCACUAUGACCAACCGCUACGACGACAUGGACACUGCCACCUCGAGUACGUUGUCGACCAGUCUCGAGAUCAACGACAAAUACACUACAUCAACAACAGCAACAUAAAACACAUUAAAAGAAAAGCAACAUACACACAAAACAAAAACAAAACAACAUACAAACAAAAAUAGAAACAAACGUAAAAGAAAAUCCUAAAACUAUAAAGAAAAAAAGAAACAGAAAAAUGGCUAUAAAAACACGUUAGAAGCCAUAUUAUAGAAUUAUAUAUACAGAAUAUUUAUUACAAAGUCUUUCUUUUUUGCAAAAAAGCUUCUUAACUACAACAAAUAUAACAAAACAAAAGCAAAAGGCAAAAACGUAUAAGACGACCAUUUAAUAAUUAUUAUCACUAACAUUUAGUUCCCCCGCCCUUUAAAAAAUAUGAAAAUUAAAAAAAAAAAAAAAAACGUUAUAAACGAUUCUUAAGAUUAGUACGAACAAGAAAAAAGUCUAAUAUAAUUUUUUUGGUAGUAAGAAAACAAUA